AUGAGAGUCUCCUCAUCUGUAUCCUACAUUGCCAAACGUAGCUCAUGCCUCCCAAGAGUCAAACCAGCAAUCCACGCUACUCCAAUAACAAGGUCGUUCCACUCUUCCCGAGCAUUAGCCAUAAACUUUGACCCUUAUAAGACUUUAGGUAUCGAUAAGAAUGCUGAUGAUAAAAAGAUCAAAAAGGCAUAUUAUGACUUAGUCAAAAAAUAUCAUCCUGAUGUUAAUAAAGAAAAGGAUGCCGAAAAGAGAUUUCACAAGAUUCAAGAAUCAUAUGAAUUAUUAAGAAAUAAAGAAAAGAGAGCCCAAUAUGAUCAAUUUGGUUCUGCUGCCUUUGAUGCCAAUGGGAAUGCCAAUCCAUUCGCCGGGGGUGGGAAUCCAUUCGGAGGUAGAGGAUCUGCACAAGGUGGGAAUCCAUUUGCUGGAAUGGGAUUUGAUUUUGAAGAUUUGUUUAGAGAGGCGUUUGCCGGUGGAAGAGGAGGUGCAGGUGGACGUGGUGGUAGAGAAUAUGUGAAUAGACAUGUUGGAGAUAAUAUUGAAAUAUUGAAAUCUAUUCCAUUUAAAGAUUCGAUAUUCGGAUCGAAGAUUACCGUGAAUUAUAAGGCAGUUGAUACUUGUGGUACUUGUAGUGGUAAAGGUACCAAAGCCGGUGCUACCAAGACUACCUGUCCUGUUUGUCACGGUACUGGACAAACAACUCAUGUAUUAGGGGGAUUCCACAUGUCAUCUACAUGUGCUACAUGUCAAGGUGCUGGUGUGACUAUUUCUAAGAAGGAUCAAUGUGGAACCUGUCAUGGACAUGGUGUUCAAGAAGUUCCAAAAUCUACCACAGUCGAUUUACCUCCCGGGAUUUCCGAUGGAUCAAGAAUUAGAAUUCCAGGUGCUGGUGAUGCACCAUUCGUCACUAAAGACGCAUUCAAUGAAACCAGUAAUGGUGAUUUAAUCAUUAGAGUAAGUGUUCAACGUGAUCCAAAAUUCAAACGUGAAAACAAUAAUCUUAUUGUUGAAGAAGACAUUUUAAUGACUACUGCUGCAUUAGGUGGUGAAAUUGUAGUGCCUACAUUAGAUGGACAAAAAGUUAAAUUGAAAGUCAGACCUGGUGUUCAAAGUGGUAAGAAAUUGACUAUUCCAGAUAAAGGGGUUCCAAUAAAUAGAAAUAAGAAUAACAGAGGUAAUUUCGAAGUUAUUUUGAAUGUGAAGACAUUAGUUCCAGAAACUCCAACUCAAACAGCAUUAUUAGAAGCAUUAGCAGAUGCAUUUAAUGAUAAGAGUGCAAAGAGAACUCAUGCUGAUUGGAAUGUAGAUGAAAAUAACAAUGAGGAUGAUGUUAAUGAACUGUAUGAUGAAAAGGAUUUAAAUCCAACUAAAUUAAAUAGAAUUGGAAAACUUUUGGGUAAGUUUUUCAACCUUGAUAGUAAGGAUGAAAAGAAGUAA